AAAAUCUCGGCCUACAGUACGAAAGGACCUUGGCAGCGACCAGGAAACAAGAUCAUCCCGAACCCGAGCAAAAGCUUAUCUCGUACCAUCGUUGUUAUAACGGACGUACGAGGCUCUUAUCGCUCUUAAGGACCCUCGAGACGAUGAAUGGAGUAGAACUUUUGCUAUCUCCGAAGCAGGGGUUGGAAGCCGGAGUUUGAGGUGUGUCCGGACCUUGAAAGCUCCACUCAGCAAGCAACAUCUUGAACGUACAAAAUAAAGCACUUAAAGAUCUUCUGAUCUUCCAUUUUCCAUUUUCCAUUCACUCAAACUAAUUGACUUGAACACAAUCUUCCAGGUCAUCAGGAACAAUUGCAAUCCACAAGCACCAUGACUUCAGUCGCUCUGGUUGGAGCCACAGGCUUAGAGGGCUCGCAAAUCCUCUCCACGCUCCUCUCUCACGCCUCUAUUACCAGCGUCCACUCGCUUUCUCGCCGCCAACCGACCAACACGAGCCCAAAGCUGCAGCCUCUCGAAUCAACCGAAACAUCGCAAUGGUCCACUCAACUCUCCUCCAUCACUCCACAGCCCAGCAUCUUCUUCAGCGCUCUAGGCACGACCCGAGGCGCCGCGGGCUCCUUUGAAGCCCAGCGCAAGAUUGACUAUGACCUGAACCUCGCUCUUGCGCAAGCCGCUAAAGCAUCCGGCGUCAAAGUCUACGUGCUAAUCUCGACUGGAGGCGCGAACCCCAACUCCAUGAUGGGAUACCCGAAGAUGAAGGGCGAGUUGGAGGAAGCUGUCAAGGCGCUAGACUUCGAGCAUACCAUAAUUCUGAGACCUGGUCUCUUGGUGGGGGAGAGACAGGAGAGCAGACCAGCUGAGUUUGUGGUUAGGAAGAUUGCUGGGUUUGCAGGGGCUCUGUCGAAUGGACUUAAGGAUUUUUGGGCACAAGAUGGCGAAGUGGUUGGAAGGGCUGCUGUCAGUGCAGGAUUGGAGGCUUUGGAAGGAAAGGGUCCGAAGGUCUGGCUGGUGGGACAAUCAGAUAUCGUGAGACUCGGAAGGACAGAGUGGGAGGCAUGAAACGAGCAUAUGAGAUGUAAGAUAUGAUUGCUGGGUAGCGACGGGAGUUACAGGGACGGUUUCAUUUUGCAAGUUAAGCGUGGUACAUUCAGCAGACAGUCUUGAAAUUCAACAAUAUUUUCCGAAAACUCCAAUAAUCCCUUCAACCGUAAAUUCUGCCAGACGUAAAUCGAUCGUUAUCAUGGCUUGCCUGCCUUCUUCGGACUCCCACCUCCACUCUGGCUCUUCCCCUCCCCCGAAUUCUCAGCACCACCAUCCGCCUCUCCUCCCCCUUGUUUCGAGACCUCAGGGUUCGCAGGCGAGACAUCUAAUGGAUUUCCAGAUCCCUGACCUUCCCCUGCAACCGUCUCUUCCUUCUUCGGAUCCGUGAUAUCUGGAUCGAAAGCUGCUUCCUCCUGUUUCGCGGCACCAUCAUCU